AUGUUCUGCCUAAGGAGUUGGCUUCCAUUACUCUUCAUCCCGACGAACGCACCGCCCAUCUUCGUCCUCCUCUUCUUCGCGUGUACCUUUUUCCUGAGCCGACCCUGCGUCUACUGCAGCUUCCUCCUCAUCAUCCUCUUCCUCACCUCCUGCUACUGGUCCGACCAAUGCUUCUUCGACCUGACAUCCAAUUGGUUCGAGCCCCGAUCCUCCAUGCCCAUGCUCGAUGCGAGCAGCGGUGAGUACAAUAGCACGUUGGCCGAGAUGCUACUCUCCACCGUUGGCGGGCUCACCGGCGCCGCAGCGGACGAGCUAGUGAAGCAAAGGAGAGAGUGGACGGGCCUCGGCCUCGAAUGGCUCAGGAGUCUCCUCGGAAGAAGGGAGUGGAGAAUUGAUUGCAUGCUUGUCAACAUCAGACUCUAG